CUGAAACAAUCUGUUCAUAUGAUGAAGAAGUGUCUCUCGAUCUCCUUCAACGCGUAGAAAAUUCCAACGACAGAACGUGUUAGUUCGCAUGAUGUGGCGAACAUCUGUUGUGUCUCGUUUCUCUUCAAGGAUCUCUGUUUCUUCUUCGUUACCAAACCCUAGACUUAUUCCUUGGUCCCGCGAAUUAUGUGCCGUUAAUAGCUUCUCCCAGCCUCCGGUCUCGUCUGAAUCAACUCCUAAGUUAGGGAUCACUGGUGUUAGAUCCGAUGCCAAUCGAGUUUUUGCCACUGCUACUGCCGCCGCCACCACCGGUGAGAUUUCGUCUAGAGUUGCAUCUGUGGUUGGAUUAGGGCAUCACUACGCUCGUUGUUAUUGGGAGCUUUCUAAAGCUCGACUUAGUAUGCUUGUGGUUGCGACUUCUGGAACUGGGUAUAUUCUGGGUACGGGAAAUGCUGCAAUUAGCUUCCCGGGGCUUUGUUAUACUUGUGCUGGAACAAUGAUGAUUGCUGCUUCUGCUAAUUCCUUGAAUCAGAUUUUUGAGAUAAGCAAUGAUGCUAAGAUGAAGAGAACAAUGCUAAGGCCAUUGCCUUCAGGACGUAUUAGUGUUCCACACGCUGUUGCAUGGGCCACUAUUGCUGGUGCUUCUGGUGCUUGUUUGUUGGCUAGCAAGACUAAUAUGUUGGCUGCUGGACUUGCAUCUGCCAAUCUUGUACUUUAUGCGUUUGUUUAUACUCCGUUGAAGCAACUUCACCCUAUCAAUACAUGGGUUGGUGCUGUUGUUGGUGCUAUCCCACCCUUGCUUGGGUGGGCAGCAGCGUCUGGUCAGAUUUCAUACAAUUCGAUGAUUCUUCCAGCUGCUCUUUACUUUUGGCAGAUACCUCAUUUUAUGGCCCUAGCACAUCUCUGCCGCAAUGAUUAUGCAGCUGGAGGUUACAAGAUGCUGUCGCUCUUUGAUCCAUCAGGGAAGAGAAUAGCAGCUGUGGCUCUUAGGAACUGCUUUUACAUGGUCCCUCUCGGUUUCAUCGCCUACGACUGGGGAUUAACCUCAAGUUGGUUUUGCAUAGAAUCAUCACUUCUUACACUAGCAAUCGCUGCUACAGCAUUUUCAUUCUACCGAGACCGGACCAUGCAAAAAGCAAGGAAAAUGUUCCAUGCGAGUCUUCUCUUCCUUCCUGUUUUCAUGUCUGGUCUUCUUCUACACCGUGUCUCUAAUGAUAAUCAGCAACAACUCGUAGAAGAAGCUGGUUUAGCAAAUGAAGUAAAACCUCUCAGGCGAAAGAAACGUGUGGCUCAACCUCCGGUGGCUUAUGCUUCUGCUGCUCCGUUUCCUUUCCUCCCAGCUCCUUCCUUCUAUUCUCCAUAAUAACCUUUGAGCAAGCUCUUGAAUUUUUGAGGGAAGAAGUGAAAAAAAUUUCUGAAAAUUGUUCUUAAAGUUUAAUCUUUGGUUAAUAAUGAAGUGGAGAACGC